UUUAGACCAAACUCUAAACUAUCUCUGGCCGUCCAAUUUCAAUCUCAUCCUACCCAUUUUUCCACACAAAUCUAACCAUAAUUAGCUUCUUCAUCAAUAUCUUAUGCCCUCAAUAACCAUCUUUCCGCUCCAUCAAUCUUUGUGUCAGAUCUGAGUUUUCGCCUUUCGUACUUUCAAGCAAGAGAGGACCCUUUGUGUCAGAAGAAAAUCUAAACUUCCAAUCUUUAAUGGUCAACAGUGUCUCUGCCUUUCACCGCAAAAGGCCACUUGUGUCAGAGUGCUAGGAUUUGGAUCCUCACCGACAUAGUUAAUUUGGGAUAUUCUUUGUACCCACAAUGAUCUCGAAGGGUGCAACCUGGAACUCCAACUCCUGCAGAAUCAAGUUUGCUCGUAGAUUUGUUUCUGCUCUCUUGCAUAUGAGAAACCGAAACACUAGACCCGGUUCCUUGACCAUCGAGGGAGUUCGUACACAUACCCAGAGAAUCAAGAUCGCGGCUUAUUUGUCAAUGGCUCAGGCAGUUGGAUCGAGGAGGGCUUGGAGCAGGGCCGUUCUUUCCAAACAUGGAAGCCGAGCAAGGCGCCACAGUAGGAUGGGGAGGAGCUCUGUCGGCUUGAAGAAGACAAGGGUCAUUAGGAGUUAUCCCCCAGGAGAGCUAGGUCAAGCCAAAAAGCUUAGACAGCUUGUACCCGGUGGAAAAACAAUGGAUAUGUGCAGCUUGUUGGAGGAGACAGCCCACUAUAUAAAAUGCCUUGCCACCCAGGUUAAGGUCAUGCAGACUUUAGCUGAUAACUUCUCUAAAUGAUCAGUAUUGAACUUUUCUACAUGUAGAACAUAUUAGGGAAAGGAUCCUGAAGAGAAAACAAGAAAAGAAAAGAAUGGAAAGUCGAAAAGGUAUAAAUAUGUAUACAGGGAGUGGUUAUAAGUUUUGAAAGCACGUAUAGGUUACGCAUAAUUUGUUGGACACGCAUGCACAUAUGCAUAGCUCCAGUACUAUUGCAAUCAUUUUGUCUCUAUUGUGUAUCAAAGAUAAUCGACCUGCCGGUAAAAUAUGUAUAGGAUGAUGAAUACCCAUUAUGAUACUAGACAAUAUCUC